ACGUCUAAUUUGAAUUUUCACUUAUUUUAUUGGUUUUUGCAAUAGGUUGCAAUAGGUUGUCCGUCGAGCGGUCGCGUUUCAAUUGGUUUAUUGAAUUUCAUCUCGCAACAUCCAUGUAAAAACAAAUGCUGUCGGUGGCGUCGGUGUUUUAUUAGUAAUAACGCAUUUUUGAGAAGCUGCUCACAUUUCCUCACUCUUUACAAACCUUUGCUUGUUUUCUACUACUUUGCACUUAGUUUAUUAAAAUGCAUUUAAAGAAACUUUUAUCGAAGAUGGCAUUUGCCAUGACCAAUAGGCAGUAUUAUCUAUAUCCUAAAAAGCCAUUCACCAUCCUAGUGGAAGGCAACAUUGGAAGUGGCAAAAGCCUAUUCCUUAAUCAUUUUAAACGCUACCCAUCCAUGAAGGUGUUUGAUGAGCCUAUCCAUGCAUGGAGAGAUUGUGGUGGACAUAAUUUGUUAGAUCUAAUGUAUAAAGAUCCUGAGAAGUGGGGGUUCAGCCUUCAGUCAUAUAUUCAGCUGACGAUGCUUGAACAACAUGUGAAGCCUAUCAAAGAACCAAUAAAGUUUAUGGAACGAUCAAUCUUCAGUGCAAGGCACUGUUUCGUUGAGAAACUAAUGAAAGAUGGUAUGUUGACCCAGGAAUCUGCAGCAGUUUUGGAUGAAUGGUAUAAGUGGAUCAUUAAUAAUGUCGACAUACCAGUUGACUUAGUAGUUUACAUGAGGACAUCACCGGAGAUUGUAAUGCAGAGAAUUAAGGAGAGGAACAGACAAGAGGAGAAGAACAUCACAUAUGACUUCAUAAAAGAUCUUCAUGAAAUUCAUGAUACCUGGCUAUGUGAUACAAAAACAGACACCAAAAAAUUGCCAUUGGUAAUAUUAGAUGGUAAUGUUGACAAGAAUAAUAUGGAACAGGAGUUCCGAAAAUAUGAUUCCUACAUAAUGGACUGCAUUUCAACACUUAGUUAAGUUAAUUAUAUAAAAUAUGUGUUUGUUACUUUAGCCAAAGUUAGUUUAAUGUUCUAUUUUUGUUAAUUAUUUUAUAAUAUUUGAAUUUAAA